AUGCCGAAGAAUAAGGGAAAGGGUGGUAAAAACAGACGUCGUGGAAAGAACGAAAACGACAAUGAGAAGCGCGAGCUGACCUUCAAGGAGGAGGGACAAGAAUACGCCCAGGUAGUCAAGAUGUUGGGUAACGGUCGAUUAGAGGCUCUCUGUUUCGACGGGGAGAAACGCCUGGCUCAUAUCCGUGGAAAGCUUCGCAAGAAGGUCUGGAUCAACCAAGGAGACAUCAUCCUUCUCUCGCUCCGCGAUUACCAAGACGAAAAGGGAGAUGUCAUUCUCAAGUACAACGCCGACGAGGCCAGAAGUUUGAAGGCCUAUGGCGAGCUCCCAGAGAGUGCCAAGAUCAACGAGACUGAUACCUAUGGUCAUGAGGGUAUUGAAGACAACGUCGAGUUCGACGAGGAUCGUGAUAGCAGUGAUGAAAAGGACAUCGACGUCGACGAGAUCUGA